AUCCUUGUUGCUAUUUGUUCACCUUUUCCAAGAAGAAGUAGAUGCUCCUGUACACAUACGGAGAAAUGUACAGGGAAGAUAUGGACCUUUUCGGGGAAAUAUCGUGUUACCGUGUAGUGUUCAAAAUUAUUUACUGUUAGCUGGUAUUCUUAUUGAACUACCAGUUUAUUGGGGGUUAGUUGUCUAAAUUUUAUCAUGCGAUUUGGCGUUAUCUCCUCUUGUCGAUUAGUGACACGCACUGUUUUUGCUCGCCACUUUUCCCUUAGUACCUCCUCUGCGAUGUCGAUCAAGGUUGGUGACAAGAUUCCCACGGUGGAUUUGUUUGAGAAAACCCCUGCUGGCAAAGUGAACUCGGGGGAGUUGUUUAAGGAUGGGAAACAUAUUAUUUUUGCUGUUCCAGGAGCUUUCACACCUGGAUGUUCAAAGACCCACUUGCCUGGUUAUGUAAAAGAGUGUGAUGCUUUAAAAGCAAAGGGUGUUAAAAGCAUUGCCUGUAUCUCUGUCAAUGACCCAUUUGUUAUGGAUGCUUGGGGUGAGGCCCAAAAUGCCAAUGGAAAGAUCACAAUGUUGGCAGAUACUUGUGCAGAAUUUACUAAGGCAGUUGGAAUGGACCUAGAUGUCACAGCUGUCCUGGGAAACAUCCGUUCUAAGAGAUACUCCAUGGUAGUUGAAGAUGGCGUAGUUAAGUCUGUGAAUGUUGAACCAGAUGGAACCGGUUUGACCUGCAGUUUGGCAGAAAAGAUUGAAGUGUAGAGAAACGAGUUUGAAUAUUGUUGAUAUAAGCAGGUUGUAAUCCAUCCUUCAUCUGCGUUGCAAAUACAGUAGAAAAGUUUGAAGGGAUUUAGUUGUGUUUAAGUUUGAUAUUGUGCUAUGUUUUUUUUUCAUAUUUAGCUUUAAUGUAUCUGUACUAGCAAAUUCACAUUUCCACCAGGUGUCAAACAAUACUUGUAUUGUCAAAGCAAUAGUGCUUGAACGAUGAAAACUACAUGUACACUUAUAAUCUGGAAAAAAAAUUGCAUGGGGUUUGUAGUUACAUAUAAUUAAUUAAAGACUCCUUUUGUUGUGUGACAAAGAACAUGUUUUUUGUUCAAAAUUAGUAAAGACCAUGGAUUUUAAUGAGGGAAGUAUCUCAAUAUUUUGAUGAGCAGCAUUAUGAUAAGAGUGAAUGAAUAAUAUUGUUAUUUUCACUAGUCAUGAGCUUUGUGUACAUGUGUCAGAGGUCCUUUCACGAGCACUUCUGUUUUAAGGAGGAAUAACACUUUGAACAAAACUGAUGAGUGAGAACUAUAUAUAAUGUUAUAAUAUUGAAAAUUUGAUAUUUUGCCAAACGUAGCAUUUCACCUACAACUGGUGAUGUCUCAGUAUAUUUAAGUGAAAAAUUCUCAAAGGGCACAAACUAAAUGUUGCAAAAAAAUUGUGAUUUUUGUGCAAGAUGAUUGUGAUGAAAUUAAAAUCCCUAUAGGACUGAAAUACACAGAUUGGUAGCAUAACGCCUUAAUCCAGAGAGCUUAUAAGACAUGUUGAGAAUGAACAGAUUUCUAAGUUAGUGGAUCAGUGGUGCUCAUCUGAAAACCUGAUGACAAGCGUGUUAUUCCUCCUUUAUACAAGAGAAAAUAUUCAUGUAUUAGUGAUAUUAUUCAAGUUACAGAUUUUGUUUACAUUUUUCCAUCCUAAUAAACUAGGUGCUGUGUACUCAAAUGUUAUUGAAUUCUUUAUUUUUUUUCUUGACACCAUGUAUGCCAAAUAAGAAAUAUUGUAGUCAAUUUAGAUUUUGUUUCAGAAUUUGAUUUUUUUCCAAUUGAAUUUACAAAUUUUAUUGUAGCCAAAAUUAAAUACUAUUGUAUUGCCAAUUUUCUCCAGCAUUAAAUGAUUUAAAGCAUUGUAAUUUUUUUUUAUGUCGAUGAGAAUCAUCCUGAUCUAUGUGGAUUUAACUUUUGUGUGCAUGUAGUCCACUUUUACAAUUGUAUAUUCUGUAGCAAUACAAGACUGACAAAUAAAAAAUAAGACGAU